AGUUCAACUUUGAUGCGACAAAUAAUAUGGCUGAGUAUGAAGCCCUGCUACUCGGCCUACAACUAGCAUUAGAGUUGAAAAUCAGCGCAAUUCAAGUGUACAGUCACUCCCAACUGGUGGUAAACCAAAUCAACUCUAUUUGCGAAGUCGUUGAUCCUGUGAUGGUAAAGUAUGUAACCUUGGUGGCCGAGCUGAAGUGCAAAUUCCAGAAAUUCUGUCUGAGUAAAAUCCCCCGAGCUGAGAACGAACAAGCAGAUUCACUAUCCAAGUUUGCCUCUGAUAGCUCUUUCAGCUCCAGAUCCGUUUUUGUAGAGGUCUUAGAUGAACCAAGCUUCACGAAGCCUCAGGUGAUGGAGAUUAGCACAAACCAUGAUACGCCGAACUGGAAUGAUUCAAUUGUCUCCUUCUUACGAGAUGGGAUAGUACCUGAGGACAAGCAGGAGGCAAUGAAAUUGAGGAAGAAAGCAUCUCGAUAUACACUUGUUGAUGGAGUCCUGUAUAAGAGAUCUUUCUCACUUCCUCUUCUACGGUGUUUAAACCCCUAUGAAGCUGAAUACGCACUUCGAGAGGUACAUGAAGGUGUCUAUGGGAGCCACGUCGGUGCUAGAACUCUGGCUCACAAAGUCUUAAGACAAGGAUACUACUGGCCAAACAUGUGCAAAGAUGCCACUUACUUUGUUCAGAAAUGCUCGAAAUGUCAAUUCUUCGCACACCUGACUCAUCAACCAGCAGAAGAGCUCACGAACUUGGUAGCGCCGUGGCCAUUCGCUCAGUGGGGACUAGAUCUUUUGGGUCCAUUUGUGAAAGGGGUUGGUGGUGUAACCCAUCUGAUUGUCGGUGUGGAUUAUUUCACAAAAUGGGUUGAAGCUCGGCCUUUAUCUAGUCUUACCUCCAAGAAGGUCGAAGAUUUUGUUUUCAGCUCAAUCAUCUGCAGAUAUGGGAUCCCGAAUCAAAUUGUGGCUGAUAAUGGAACUCAAUUCAAUUGUUCCUCGUUCCGAGAUUUCUGUUCUAGUUAUGGCAUCAAGUUACAAUUCACCUCCGUUUACCAUCCAGAGUCCAAUGGCAUGGUAGAAUCUGUUAACAAAUGCAUUUUGGAGGGAAUAAGGCCGAGAUUGGAGCAGCAUAAGGCCAAGUGGGCAGACGAGCUCAACAACAUCCUCUGGGCAUACAGAACCACGAGCCGAACUGCCACAGGUGAAACACCCUAUCACCUGGCCUUUGGUACCGAAGCAGUCAUUCCUGUUGAGAUAGGAGUCCCAAGCUUCCGGGUCACCCAUUUCGAUGAAGAACGAAUUGGACAACUGCUUCGGGAAAACCUUGAUCUGCUUGUCGAAGUCAGAGAAGAAGCUCGACUUCGAACUCUUGUAUACAAGCAGAAGCUAGCCAACUUCUACAAUAAACGGGUUCGCCCUCGAACAUUCAAAGUAGGAGACCUUGUUCUCAGGAAAGCUGGCCUAACGAGGUUUGAAACUCGUUUUGGCAAACUUGCCCCAAAUUGGGAAGGUCCUUAUGCCGUGGCCGAAGUGCCACAUCUUGGUGCCUAUAUUCUCCAAGACGCUGAAGGAAAAAGAGUUCCUAGAGUCUGGAAUGUCAAUAACUUGAAGAAAUUUUACCCCUAAUGAAAUUCUUCCAAGCAAUCUAUGUCUUACUAUUCUUUAUGCUUUUCACUUCGUGUUUGUUAAAAUUGAUUUUAUCUCUUUUUCCAUGUAUCCGAGGUCAAUUAGUACUUAAGCCUCACUUCUGCUUAAUAAAAGUUACUUCACAUG